AGAUGUUUUUGGUCAUGGUAUUUCAUUACAGCAAUAGUAAUCCAAACUAGGACAACUAGUCAGCACCCAGAAAGAGCUGUGGGUGGGUUAGAGCCUGGUGUCUUCUAGGCUGGCCCACAGUGUUCCCCGGAACAGGGUGUGUUUUAGAUGUGGGCAAGACUUGAAUAUGAGGAAAACCAGCCCAGGGCUGGGAUGCCAGCCAAGCCUAUGAGUGUGGUGACCAAUUUGAUUAUAUGGAACAAUCACGUGUGGCUAAUUAACGGACAGUAGAGGGGAGAGAGCCAACAGCACAGAUCGAAGGAUCUUGAGGAACUUGAUUUUCUGUGUUCUGUUGGAGUUGCUCAGUCCUCUUUGGAGCCUAGGUCUAUAGUAUGGCCCCCACCUCCAGGCUUACUGAGGUCCAUGCUCAAAUAGGGUAGCUCUGGGGGCCAGCAUAUUACUUUGUAGUAAGAAACCUCAUCCACAUCUACAGAAGGAAAAUAGGACUGUUCUGCUUGUUCCCUCUCUGGGGACAGGUGGGGAAGCCCACAACCUGCCUAAGGCUGACAAGGAGUCCUGCUUCACCCUUCGAGGAUAAAGGCUGGCUUCUGUUCCUAGGGUCCCAUGUACUCCGAAGUAUGUAGGCUGAGAAACUGGGUGAUGGUAAAUGGUGUUGGGGAAUAUCCCUGACACGGUAACUGGGAAGUGACUAGAAGCUCCUGAGGGAGGGUUCUGUGAGAAGGGUGUGUUGGGAGGAAGGUCAAUAGAUAAAGUUCUCAUUUGCUUGAGGCUGAGGUUCAGCUGUCAGUCCGUCUGUCAGAAAACUCAAGGUGAGCAACAAGGAAUUUGCAGUGCCCUGGGAGAAAGAUGUACUUCCACGGAGCAUAUAUUCAGGCUGGGACUGUACAAAGAAGAACUUGGUAAUGUUCCUGUACUGCUUCUGUGGCUGAGGCUUCAUCUUGAAUCUUGGAGCUGGCCCUCCCAGCACCUUCUACCCCCAUCCAUUUGGUGCAGCCCAUGUGCAAAGCUCAGAACCCUGACUGCAUGUCUCUUUCAUUUUCACUUUUUGCUGAUGGGCUGAGGAGGGUGUGUGUGAGGCCCAGAGCCCAUGGGGCUCCCGGCCUGCAGUGUCUUGAUCAGGAACAUGGAACCUCUGCCAGGAUGCGGGUCUUCACCCUGGAGCCAGGCCCCCACAGCCAACACCUUCAGCCUGGUGUUGUGUGUCUUCCUUUUGAACUUCCUGUGCUGUCUCUCUGUCCAGCCCUUAUGCAGAGAAGAGGAGUAUUCUGUGGGGGACGAGUGCUGUCCCAUGUGCAACCCAGGUUACCAUGUGAAGCGAGCCUGCAGUGAGUUUACAGGCACAGUGUGUGCCCCCUGUCCCCCACAGACAUACACUGCCCAUGCAAAUGGCCUGAGCAAAUGUCUGUCCUGUGGAGUUUGUGAUCCAGACAUGGGCCUAGUGACCUGGCGAGUGUGCUCCAGCCGGGAGGACACUGUGUGCCGCUGCAGUCCAGGCUACUUCUGUGAGGCCCAGGAGGGUGACCACUGCUCUACAUGCUUGCCGCACACCACCUGCCCUCGGGGACAGAGGGUCCUGAGGAGAGGUAAUUACAGCCAUGACACUGUAUGUGCUGACUGCCUGAUAGGGACCUUCUCACCUGGAGGGACUUGGGAGGAAUGUCUGCCCUGGACCAGGUGCAAUGCAUGGUUUCAGAAAGAAGUGGAACAUGGGACCAGCAGCACAGAUGUCUCCUGCUCCUUCUCCUGGACCUUCUACGUCGUUUUCAUCUCUUUGGGCCUUUUGGCAGCUGUCCUAAUAGUCUACAUCUACAUUAGAAGAAAAAGGCCACAUGCCAGACCAGGGGCCAGGGAACUGGAGCACCUGCAGGGGCAGAAACAAGAGAACACUGUCAAGUUUCCAGUCACUGAGGUUGGGUUUGCUGUGACUGAGGAGGAGACAGCUUUCAACCCUGUGAAUUCUGGAUGACAAGAUACCUAGGAGGCCCUAGUGGGAAACUUCCAUAUGUCUGUGGAGCGUGGCUGCUGCCCUGGGCUGCUCCAGUGCCAAGACAUACAGCAGCAGAGAUGUGGUUUUGGCUCAGAGUCAAGGAGUUGCUUUGCCAUUCUUACUGCAAAUGGGGUCCAGGGGCCUUUUCAUUUCCCCAUCUGCUCCCAUGUGCCCCUUCAUCCAAAUCCUGGGAGGUGAUGACCCAAAACCUCCAGUAUCAAUGACAGCUACCAUUGACCCUACUCCUGUCUCUUCCCACCAGCUCAGAACAGCUCAGUCUAAACCCUAGGCCUCUGCCUGUCCUGGAUAUGUGAAGCCUAGGCCUGUUCAUCUAGUGGGCUAGUGAGCACUGCCUCCUGGGUCUGGGGUGUACCUAGUGAGAUGCCAGGCACGUGCUUGACCACUGAGCUGUAUCCCAACACUCUUUUCACUGUUAUUUUGAGGCAGAGUCAUGUGAAAUUGUCUGGGUCCACUUUGGACUCAUUCUGUGUCUCCAGCAAGCCUCAAACUUGACCCUCUACCUCAGCCUUUAAAGUAACUGCAGUUACCUCUGUGGGCCUCCAGGUUGGGCCACAGUCACUUCCUGUUCUUCUCUUCUCUUCU